UGCCUGUAGAUCUUGUGAAUAGCGAAGGCACAUUUAUUUCUUCGGUUCAAAGUCCGAACCAUUUUAUCAUAAAAAUUCAAAUGUCUCAAACGAAAGUAGAUUUGAAUCGUAUAGCUCGUAUCAGUUCUCACAGUUUAAGAAACUCUCAACACCAAAUUCGUGAAAUUGUUUAUACGUGUUAAAAAAAAUAAUUAGAAUGUAAAAAGAUGCCUAAAAUGUUAAGAUAACUUCCCUUACACUCCUCAAAGAUUUUCCUGGGUCUCCACGGCCUAGGGAAACUAUAAAGGGUGGACUAUUUCGGGAGUUUUCCCUUUGCAUCAUUUGUCGAGAAUUUAGAAGCAAACAAAUUUGGCUAAACAAGAUUCAAAAAUAAAAAUAAAAAAGAUGAAACUGCUUGGUGCUUGUACGACUAUAUUAAAACAUCAAAAAUAUAGUAAGGGUUGUAAUAAACGUCCUAUGAGCUGCGGCAGAUGCGGUGGGGGCGAUAAAGACGGCGGGUCUGGGAAGAGUAGGGGAUGUGAGAAAAGAAAGAGGUGCGACGAUAAUGUGAGAUGCGGUGGGAACAAACGCCGUGCCGCACCCUGCUGCUGUGGAACGGACCAGGUGCCAAAAAAACCAUUUUGGACUGGCAGUAAAGCUUUAUUCUUCUGUUUGCUUACUUUUGGGGCCGGUAUUUACACGGGCAUCUACAUAUCGCAAAACUAUGAGGUGCCGCGUGUCGAUGACCCCCCCAAACUGAUCGAAAAGCUAAAUGAGAAGAUCCGAGAGUUGGCCGACGACCAUAAGAAAAACUAUCCGGGUUAUGCCAAGGCUCAUCCUAGAACUCGUAAGAGAGGCGAGGAAGAUGAAGAUAACGAUUCUGUCAAAUUGAAAAAACUUAGGCGUGAUAAAAAGGAGUAGCACGACUGCCAAUUCAUUUAAGCUGGGGACACGCGAGAGUCAAUUUCAAGAAAACCUCAAGUUUUGAGAACUCAAGAUACAUACAUACAUGUGUAGGUCCAAAAGAGGCAUUACGCUCUGGACCAGCAUUAUGUUCUGAUGAGUAGGACAGCGAGUUUUUUAUGCAACUGCAAUAUAUUUUGAAAUGCCGCGGAACAAAUUGUGCAUGACCUCAAAAAAGAAGCCAAAAAGAUCCUGGACGAUUAAGGAGCCCGAUAGAGUAGAGUGCAAUUUGUAGGAAACUCAGGAAAUGCAAGAAAAGUCUACAACGUUUCAUUUUUGUGUUAAGUUUGAACAAAAUUUAUCUAUGGUCCAAUAAAGCGAUGUUAAAUGUUACUAAAUUAUGAUCAAUAAAACAUAUGACAAUUGUUUUGGCCAA